AAGAAGAGAUUGAAGCGUAUCGUGAGAUUUCUUUAUUAAUCCAAAAAACAUUUAGCUUAACUUAAAAACAAUUAAAUCCAUACUUACAAUAAUGUCAGAAAAACAUCGCAGUCUUCCUCUUUGGAUGGUUAGAUCUGAAGAUCAAAGCAGCAAAGUAAACAAAAAAGAAACAGUGAGAAAGAAAACACAAGGGACCGCAAGGAGGAAGCGUCCUAGAAGUGACAUCAAGUACUGGAUGAACGAGAAGGAGCUCGUGGAAACAGCCCUGUGUUUUUUGAAAGAUAGCAAGUUGUGUACUAAAGAUGCAACAGAAACCUCAAAUGUAGAAAUGGUCAUCCCAGAGACAGAUACAUCAGACUGUGAUGCGCGAGACAGGACGUAUGUUUCAGACACAGACUGUGAAAUUGCAGAACAGGAGACCGUCCCGUAUGGAAACUGCACGAGUGAAGGUACCAGCAGUCAUAUAAAACAUCAUACUGAUGAUUCAGGAACCUCCGAGAAGAUGCCACGGCUUCAAGAGCCCUCACAUAAACCAGAUGACAGUGAUGAUGAAGCUCUUGAACUUGUACGAGAAGUUUUUUUCACCUGACUGAUCUGUAAAAGCAUAAAUGAACUUUCUUCGGGGCUGUCAAGGUUUAGAAAUCGUAACUCUUAUUGUGUCUUAUUGACACAAUAGCAUUGUUUGCUGUUGUUAUAGUGUUUUUGUUAUUGUGCCUGUGGCAUUUGUAUUCAAAGCAGUUGCUCAGGUAAUUGUCAUUUGCACAUUUUUUUUGUUGCACUUUAUUGGAAAGAAAACAUUAGCUGUAACCCAAGAAGACAAAAUAUACUUUAGUCAUUAUGUAAAAAAAUAUAUGAUUUGUUUAAAUAAAAAGCACUUUGGGUUUGAAAAGACUGUUACUUAACCCUAUAA